GCCUACAGGAUUUAUAGCGGGUAGGUCCGGGCAAUUUGGGAGCAGCAUUGACGGGAAGAGCGAAAGGCGCUCACCCCUUUUGCGCCAGCCCAGCUAAGUUUUGGCGGGAGAGGAGGACGCUCCGCCGACCUGGGACAAGGAGUCAUCAGAGACCGAACCGCACUAGGAGGCACGAGAAAGCACGGCGGGAGGGUCGGCGCGCUCGACUCCAGGUGCUGAGAACAGCCGGGCGAGCAGAGCCCUUUUGCCUCCCGCUGCUUCUUCGCCUUUUUUCUUUUUUUCCCUCCUCCUCCUCGUCGUCGUCCGCCUCUUUCCUUCUGGAGCGGAGGAAACCUCUCGGCUGCAGCGAGCGCUGUGAUUGGCUGCGCGGGGCGAAAAAGCAGGCAGAGCGCGCGGCGUUUCCUCCCGGAGAGAAGCCGAGCAACGGGAGAGAUCGAAGCCGGGAAGCUGGGCUGACUGAGCUCGCCUCGUACCUUUGGAACCGGCUGGUCGAUCGGGGAAGGGGAAGGGGGGGGGGGACUUCCCGUCUUCCUCGCUCUACGCUCGCUCCUGUCGGGACGAUAACUUUGCCAAGACUCACACGAGACUUGCAAAAAGGAACGGGGCGCCAAAAAAAAAAAAAAAAAAAAGAGGGCGCGGGAGCGUACGGGCUAAGGUAGAGUGCUCCUUCCUAACGCGAUCGCUUCUCUACUUUACGAGGCGCUGCGGACAAGAUGCAGCCAGCCGCCGCUAAGUGGUCAGCCGUACCCUGAAUGGGGGCGCCGGACUUCUCUCCCUGCAGUGAAAUGAACUGGCUAAUGUUGCUGACAUUUUGAUGAUCCAUGGAGAAGCAAGAGGGACCGGUUCUUUAGCAAACUGCCAGUCCCUGGCAGAGGGUAAUGGAAUCAGAAAGAAACAAAGUUGGACAUGUGCUGGAAGGGAAGACUGAUGUAUUAUCAGACCAUCCUUAUCAAUCCCAUAAAAUGAACAUCUGAAAUGAUCACAUCAUCAUAUGAAGUGCCUAAACUCAACUGAAGGAUUUGGUGUGGCAGAGAAGAUUACACUGCUCACUUUUAUUUCAGCAGUUAUUCUUAUGGCUAUCUUGGGAAACCUACUGGUGAUGGUUGCCGUAUGCAGGGACAGGCAACUGAGGAGAAUCAAGACCAAUUAUUUCAUAGUCUCUCUCGCCUUUGCUGACUUGCUAGUAUCUGUUUUGGUGAUGCCAUUUGGAGCAAUUGAACUGGUUCAAGAUAACUGGAUUUAUGGAAGGAUGUUCUGUUUGGUUCGCACUUCUCUUGAUGUCCUCCUCACUACUGCAUCAAUUCUUCAUCUGUGCUGUAUCUCAUUAGACAGGUACUAUGCCAUCUGCUGCCAGCCAUUGGUUUACAGGAAUAAGAUGACUCCUCUACGCAUUGCUCUAUUGCUGAGUGGCUGCUGGGUAAUCCCAAUGUUUAUUUCUUUUCUUCCUAUAAUGCAAGGCUGGAAUAGCAUUGGCAUCAUGGACUUGGUAGAGAAAAGGCAGUUCAACAAUGCAUCCAACUCAACUUACUGCAUAUUCAUGGUGAACAAGCCGUAUGCCAUCACCUGCUCAGUCGUAGCCUUCUACAUUCCAUUUCUGCUAAUGGUUCUAGCUUACUACCGAAUAUACAUUACAGCAAGAGAGCAUGCUCACCAGAUACGAAUCUUACAGCGUGCAGGAGCACCAACUGAUGGACGACCCCAACACCCGGAUCAGCAUAGCACACACCGUAUGAAGACUGAGACUAAAGCUGCAAAGACCCUCUGUAUCAUCAUGGGGUGUUUCUGCUUGUGCUGGGCACCUUUCUUUAUCACAAACAUAAUAGACCCUUUCAUACAUUAUGCAGUUCCUGAUCAGAUAUGGACUGCUUUCUUGUGGCUGGGAUACAUCAAUUCAGGACUGAAUCCCUUCCUUUAUGCAUUCUUGAACAAGUCUUUCAGACGUGCCUUCCUCAUCAUCUUGUGUUGUGGUGAUGAACGAUAUCGAAGACCUUCCAUCUUGGAACAAACGGUACCUUGUUCUACCACUACUAUCAAUGGAUCAACUCAUGUACUGAGUGGCUGUUCCACUAUCUCCAAGUUCCUCCUGCUGUUCUGCAAUAGACCAGUUCCUGUCUAACCCUGAAUAUAUUCUGUACACAGUCUUGUACAAUGGUCAUCACCUGGAACCUGACAAGCUCCCAAUCCACAAUGAUCCAGAAUCCCAAGAGUCCUGCUUCUAACAAGUGGUCUAUGCUGAAAGACACAAGAGGCUCAUGCAUCAGGAACUUAAAUGCCAGAUUGAUAUUGUCUGCGUUGCCAUAAUGCUGUCUUGUAUUGGCUUGACAUUGGCACCAACAGCUCAAGUGUGCUUAACAAUAACAUAGAGCGACAUGGAGUGGUACAAAGUUAUUGUUGCUUCUGAUUGAUGCUUGGAAGUCAUAAUGCUUUGCACGUGAUGAACAAAUGAUAAGCAACAUGCUUGAUUGUCUUUGUGUUUGUUCUAAGUGAUGUGUCAUUCACACAUCUUUUUCUUAUGUGCUAACAAUAUACGUCUUUUCCCCAGACCUUGAAGUUUGACCUAAAAGUGCUAAAAUGCAAUUAUAUUUCUGCUUUACCAAAAACUGAGAGGUUGUUUCUCAAUUAUUUUUAAUAACGAGCUUUGUUGGUGAUGCAACAACAAAAAGGAAGCAUUGCUGUGUGUUGUUUUUCCUAGGCUGCCUGUAGAUGCCAAAGAACAUAAAUAAUAUUCUUGAAGGUGAAAUUGAUGCAAUACAAUGUCCUGCAACCCCCAUCAAAAUGAUCUACUGUAAGAAAAGUAGUCAGUUGAGAAGACUCAUUUUUCACUAGUCAGAGCCCAUUAGCUUUAAUCUCCUGACAUUCUCAUUAGGAUUUUCAUACCCUGAUCUUACUGAUUUGAAGGAAAAGUUAUUUGGGGACUUAAACAAUUGAGGAAACAAAUAGUUUACCUAUACCAGCCAACUAAUUGGCAUCUUGUGGCGUGUUUACUUAGGCACAUUCAAAUCACCUCCGUAGCUUGAUAAUGUAGUAGGAAAAACAAUUGAUGUGUUCCUUAGGUCAUUUAUUUCUCACCCCAAUUUGUCACAAGCUGGGACAUUCAUUCCGGGAUAGUGAACAAUGAACGUAAAAGCAACUCAAGUGUCUGAGUUGAUCAGGAUUUACUAUGAUUUCAGUGUCCCAAAGAAUCAGGGCCAUAAGAUAAAUCAGGAGGAAGCCAUUUCCAGGAACAAAUGACAUAAGCUUCAGCAGCUUGCUGAAAUAGUAAUGGCAGUAGGAACAGUGACUAAUGAAGGGCAGGAUAGCAAGGAAAAGUUUAGUCUCCAGAUUCUCAGUAGAAGAUUAAUUGACUGGGCUCCCACAACAUUCUACAUAGUAAUGUGACUUGUGGACUUGUGAUUUAGGGUGUCAAACCCAGCCAUUAAGGUUUGUAAACUGUGUUUUAUGGACCAGUAUGUUGUGUGAGCUCUGAAGUUCAACAGGGUGAAGAUCAGCAGCAGAGACUUUAUAGAGCUAAGUAGAAGCUCAUCAGCACCUUGAGACACUUGAAUGUGUUAUCUGCCUGGAACAGUAAAGCUGCAGUGUUGCCCCUCUGGAUUAACAGAUCAACCUACAGCUCCUUUGCUUGACAUGCAGGAGGACAUUAGACGCUGGUUGCUGGGAAUCUUAAGCUUUCAGAUGCCUCAUCCCUUUCCUGUUGUCGUUUUUCUUCUUCUUGCACUUUGCAGAGCUAUUUCUCAACAUGACUGUCUGUUUCAAAGGAUGAAAGAAGAAUGUCACUGUCAACAGUUCUUUCUGCUGUGUCCUGCAUGCAGAUGUUACUCUCUAUAUUAAAAUUUCCCUUUUUUUUCAUGUUAUAUUGACAGGCAUGGCUGAAAACCCAAGGGAUGCUGGAAGGUUGAUUUUCAUGUUCUUGGAAGAAACAGAUCAAGUAUAAAUUCGUAGGAAGGCUGUGCAACAUUUCAGCAUUGAUUCCCAAAAGGUGGUUGGGAGACACAGGAGCACAAACUAGCUCCCAUCUCACAUUAUUGAAAACAGCUGCACGAUCCUGCAUGACAAGUGCUGUAUUUGCACAGUUGCAAACACUGAAGCACCUUUUGGAAAUUGGGUCUGAAUCAUUGCAUUGUUCUUAUUUGUCCUGUCCUUGACUGAAAAUCUAACCAAAGAUGAAAACUGUGUUCAAGAAAGUAGAUAGGUACUUUGUUACAUUGUGUAAUUAUGUACAGACAUUUUUUUAAUAUACAGGAGAUAAUUCUGCAUUAUUUAUUAUUAUUUUUAAAAUAAAUAACUAUUUGCCCAUUAAAGGUUUCUAAGUGUACAAGCUAA